AUGUGGCUCGACCGGCUCUCAGGGAGUCAAGCCAGCGCGUCCGGGCCCUCAACUCCUCAGCUCACCAGCCGGCACAACUCGCCGCUUCCGCGAAAGCCACAGGCCAAUCUCAGUCCCUACGUAACCUCUCAGCGGCAAGGGCCCUCUCCGCGGGGGUCGUCUCUGUCAUUAGUAUCCAGCGACUCUACAACCUCGCUAUUGGCAUCAUCACGCAAGCCCAAUGGCUCAGAAGUGAUACAAUCAGCCGCGCCUCAGGUUCCGGACUCGGUAAACAUCUUGGAGAAGCUAUUGGCGGCAGAUUCGGAGAUUGUAGGCAAGCCUCAGGGCAAGGCAAGCUUUAUCACGGAGGAGGACCUGGGGCUUGAUGUUGAUUUUGGAGGAUUGUCUCUCAAGGAGCUGGCUGCUGGGAGCUUCCAUGCCGAUGCCACAAGCUUCCGCCGGCCUCAGAAUGCGAGCGAGUAUGAGAACGACAAGGCCCGAUUCGACGCCCUGCAUCGAUCCAUUGUUGCGUGCGACGAAAUCUUGAACUCGGUCGAAAUCAAUCUUGCGGAUUUUCGCAAUGAUCUUUCCACUGUUUCCGCUGAUAUCGAAACUUUGCAAACCCGUUCCAGCAUAUUGAGCCGAAGGUUGGAAAAUCGAAAACGAAUAGAAAAGGCGCUUGGCCCACUGGUAGAAGAGCUGAGCGUGUCCCCCGAAACAAUUUCCAGGAUAACGACAAGCCAUAUUGAUGAAGCAUGGGCAAAAACUUUGAAUGAAUUAGACAAGAGAGCCUCAGCCGUUCAGAAGCUAUCAGGAACACAGCAGGGCAAAGCUAGUGAAGAGCUUGGUCCAAUAUUGGAGAAACUAAUAUUAAAGGCUGUCGAACGGAUUCGCGACUUUCUUGUGGCCCAGAUAAAGGCCCUUCGGUCGCCCCAUAUCAAUGCGCAAAUCAUACAGCAACAAAACUUUUUAAAAUUCAAAGACCUCUACACAUUCCUCCAUAAACAUCAUGCGACGCUCGCAGACGAAAUUUCGCAGGCGUAUAUGAACACGAUGCGAUGGUAUUACCUCAAUCAGUUCACGCGCUACGAGAGAGCUUUGGCCAAGCUCAAACUCCAUAUUCUGGACAAGAAUGACGUUCUGGGACAGGAAGACGCGACAAGAAAAACAGCCGUCUUAUCCAGUAGUCGUGCUCCUGGCCCACCGCAUGAUGCAUUCAAUCUUGGACGUCGGAUUGAUAUGCUCCGGACGAAGAGCACCUCGGCCAUCUCGUCAUACCUGGCAGAGGAGGACCAAUCAACUCACUACUUGGAGGUUCCCUUUCGAAAUUUCAACUUGGCUCUCAUCGAUAAUGCCACAGCCGAAUAUACCUUCUUGGCAUCCUUUUUCGCUCCCGCCUUGUCGUAUUCACAAAUAUCAAAAAAUUUCAACUAUAUAUUUGAGCCAACGUUUGAGGUUGGUAGAGUGCUUUCAAGAACCCUCGUAAGCGAGACAUUUGAUGCGCUGGGCCUCCUACUCUGCAUUCGACUUAACCAACACUUUGCUUUUGACCUUCAAAGGCGAAAGGUCCCUGCUGUGGAUGGCUAUGUCAACGGUACGAAUAUGCUAUUGUGGCCACGGCUGCAGGUUAUCAUGGACCGCCAUUGCGAAUCCGUUCGACUACUGACGAAUGCUGCGCCCGCGAAAAUCGCCAAGGCCGACCAGUUGAAGCUGUCCGCCGCACCGCACAUGGUGACCCAGCGGUUUGGGCAGCUGCUCCAAAGCUUCCUGGCCCUCUCCACGGAAGCUGGCGACGAUGAGCCCGUCGUCGCCAGUCUCCGCCGUUUGCGGUCCGAAAUCGAAGCUUUCUUGACUCGACACAGUCAAACGCAUGGCGAUACGAGAAAAAGCGAGCGAUUUUUAUACAACAAUUAUUCUUUGAUUCUUACCAUUAUCGGCGAUGAAAAUGGCAAGUUAGCGCAGGAGCAACAGGAGCACUUUGAGGAAUUAAAGCAAAAAUACCAGGGCGAAUCAUAG